AUGGGUGACCCCCGAUCGCAGCACUUCGUGUUGGCCAGUCGAGAAAUUGAGAGUGUGACUAGGAGGGUGGGACGCUGGGGAUUCUCAAAGGCGGCGGCGGCAGAGAAGCAGCGGCGGCUGGAGUCGGCCGCACGGGAGCAGGACGCGGAGCUCCGCGCCGCGGCGGACGACCGGCAGAAGCUGCUGCACGAGAUUGCCCUCUUGCGGAGCGAGGCUGAGGGGAUGAGGAUCGACGUCACGGCGGCGCGAGAGGAGGCGGAGCGGGUGAGGCACGACGCGGAGCUCAAGAUGACACAGGUGCGCCUGUCGGCCACUGCCAUCGACGACGAGCGGCGCCGGCUGGAGCUAGAAGUGCAAAAGGCACAGCGCGGCGGCGUGGAGGCGAAGAAGCGGUGCAAGGAGCAGGCGAGCGAGCUCAGCAGCGGAUUCCGAGCCGUGAAGACGACGGACCACAUCGGCUGGCUCACCAAACAGACGAGGGCGAAAUCGACCCACGCCUCGAGGGGCUGGAGGGUGGCAGAGAGCCCCGAUUGGCAAAACACGCCGCCGCGCUCGCCCUCCCCGCCACCAAGUGCAAAUUCCGGCCAGAACGGGACAGAGCCCCGCAACAACGGCGUGGAGCCCCGGAUCGGCGUGCGGGCAAGCAGUAGACCCGCCUCGAGGUCUGCGACUCCGCCCCGGCGCUACGUGAGCCCGCCUCGCCAGCGCGGAACUUCGCCGCCGCCUUGGAUCCCCACCGGCGUCAAAGACACGAUCUCGAACGUCGAGUGGGUGAAGCCGGUCCUGACUUGA